AUGGAGGAGGUCGAGCGCGGGGCGCUGGGUGGGCUACCGGCGCUGCGCGAGGUCUACCUGGGCGCCAACAGCCUCUCCACGUUCCCUGCCUCCGCGUUCGCCCCCCCGCUGCCCGCUCCCGCCCCCACCGCUGCCAGCGUCCUCAUCGACGGCGACAGUGACAACACCGUUGGCGACGUUGGCGACGCCGGUAGCUGCGACGUCGCGAACGCCGACGUCAGUGUCAGGAGCGGUGGCAGCGGCAGCAGCGGCGUCGCCACCUUGGACCUCGGCUCCAAUUCGAUCUCCUUGCUCCACACCGAUGACCUCCGGUGGCUGCUGGAACUGAGGACCCUGAACCUUUCCAAGAACCAAAUCACCGAGGUGUCCUCGGGCUUCCUGCGCGGUCCCCGUCGCCUCCGGCGCCUGCUCAUGUCCGCCAAUCGGCUCAUGAGCGUGGCCGGCAUCUUCCCCGAGGACCUGGGCCUCCUAGAGGCCCUCGACCUGCGCAGCAAUUAUCUGUCCAAGCUGCCGGCGGGAAACUUCGCCAACCCCACCUCGCUCCUGUUGCUCAACGUUGCCGACAACCAGAUCGCGGAGGCGGAGGACGGCGCGUUCGACGGCCUCGCCUCCCUAGGCCGCUUCGACCUGGGCGGCAAUAAGCUGGGCCUGCAGCCCCUGGGACCGCGGGCGUUCGAGGGCCUCGUCAACCUCACCAACCUGGAGUUCAACAACAACUACCUGCACUACGCGUCCGCGGGCGCCGUCCGCAGCCCGCUGUUCGCUCCCCUCCGCAGCCUCACCCACCUCUUCCUCAACAGCCAGCGCAGGGACGGCAUGGUCAACUUCCCAUCCAACUUCCUGGAGGGCCUGGCCACCCUGCAGGAGCUCCACGCCGGGGAGCUCUACCUGUCGGUGCUGGACGCCGCAAUCCCGCUGUGCGGCGUGGAGCCGGCGCUGCUGCGGCCAGUGCCGCUCCUCGACGAGCUGCACCUGCGCGGCGUCCGCCUGGACGACGUCGCCUUCCUGUCCCGGCUCAACCUGAGCCUCCUGCGGGUGCUACGCGUGAGCAACAACCGCGUCGGCGAGGUGUCCGCCGCCGAGCUCGGGGCGCUGCCGCGCCUGCAGCUGCUCGACGUCGUGGGCAACCCCCUCUCCUGCGGCUGUGACAACGCAUGGCUGCGCGACUUCCUGCUAAACUCGAGCCGCGUGCAAGCGCCGGGGCUGUGGCGCGUCCGCUGCGGGUUCCCGCUGUCCCGGCGCGGCGAGCUCUUCGUGCGUUUCGACGCGAGCCAGUGCCGCGACCGCUCCAGGCCGCUGCUCUUCGCCUGCUGCUCGUGCGCCGUCGCCCUCGUCAUGCUCACCGCCACCGUCUUCAGGUUCUGGCGCUGGCACCUGCUCUACGGGUACCACCUGCUCGCCGCUUGGCUCGGGGAGCGUGGGAGGCCUGCGCGGCAGCCCGGCCCGAUACGCUACGACGCGUUCGUGUCCUACAACAGCGACGACGAAGAGUGGGUCGCGCACCAGCUGCUACCGCAACUCGAGGGCGCCGGCAUGCGCCUCUGUCUGCACCACCGCGACUUCGUGCCGGGCAAGGACAUCGUGGACAACAUCAUGGACGGCAUCUACGCGAGCCGGCGCACGCUGUGCGUCGUGACGCGGAGCUACCUGCGCAGCGAGUGGUGCUCCAAGGAGCUGCAGGUGGCAGCGUUCCGUCUCUUCGAGGAGAACCAGGACGUCCUCGUGCUCCUCUUCCUCGAGCAUAUCCCUCACAACGAGCUGUCCGCCUACUUCCGCAUGCGCCGCACCAUCCGCUCGCGCACCUACAUCACCUGGCCCGGCGCCCGGGAAGACUCGUUCGCCCGGCGGGGCCGGCGGGGCCGCUCGGUGGCCCCCGCGGGGUCGGAGGGCGCCUGCAAGCUCUUCUGGCACCGCGUGGUCGGCGCGCUAGGGCCCGGGGGGCGCGGGGACGAGGGGUGCGGGGUCGCAGAGGAAGGAGGUCCGCUGGGAGCCCCGCUGGUGCACGCCUGCUGACCCGCUCGCCGUGGCGAUGGUGACAAUGGUUGAAGGUGGCGUUGGUCACAGUGAUGGUGAUGCCUGCUCAAGGCAACCGAACAAAUGUCCAAGUUUGGUCGGCGGGUUCGUAAUGGCAGUGUCCCGUAUCCACCCGCAUGCCUUCUCCCCACCGCCUGUUGCUUUUGUGAGAAUGUGGAGUUUAGCGCUGGGUGUAACAUCUUGUGGGUUCGUCCUCAACUCUUUACAUAGGCAGUGCUACCGGAGCAGUGGGUGAGGCUGAUGUUAAGACAUGGCAAAUGGAGCGCUAGCUGAACGGGGCUAGUGGCUGGGUGGGCCUGACGAUAUAAAAAGUGCGUGUGGCUAUGCAAAUGCGUCUGAGCAGGGGGGGGUGCACUGAGUGGGUGGUGCUGGUGAUUGAUCGUUAACGCCAGGGUGCAUCGGUGUUAAGAAAUCGAGUGCUUUGACAUUUGGGGAAUGUUCGUGGUACUUUACGUUUAUUGUUGUUGUGGUUCAUGUCCAUUAAUAAAAACACAUUGUCUGA